CCCUAAACCCCUCCCAAAGUCGGCCGUUAGAGUAGAGAGAGUUCCAGGACGUUGAGCUCCCAAAAACCUCCAUUGAUUCUCCGAUUAGGUUUCUCUCCUCCAGCUACAGCCAUGGCGACCACGAUUGCCGCGCAGCUACAAGCCAUCAAAUCCUUCGUACAAGCCGACUCCGAGCCGCCGCUCAAGAGGCCCUUCACUCGCCCUUCCAUUCUCUUCGACCCCAAAGAAGCCGCUGACAUCGAUACCGACACCAUUCUCUCCAUCGCCCUGCAAGGUCUGGAAGUUCUUAUAAGCAUGGACGAGCGCUUUAGGAACUAUAAUAAUGACUUGUUUAGCCAUAAAAGUAAGGAAAUGGAUAGAGAGUUGAUGGGAAUAGUGGAAAAUAAUCGCAUAAAUGCGACGAUUUCUUCGUACUUGCGUUUGCUUUCGUCGUAUUUCCAGCUUCCUUCCUCAAUCAAGACGCUCGAGUACUUGAUACGAAGAUACAAGAUUCAUGUCCACAACUUUGAGGAACUGAUUUUGUGUUCUCUGCCAUACCAUGACACCCACAUUUUUGUUCGAAUAGUUCAACUUAUCGAUGCAGGAAAUAGUAAAUGGAAAUUUUUGCAUGGUGUAAAAGUCUCUGGUGCACCCCCACCUAGAAAGGUUAUAGUACAGCAAUGUAUAAGGGAUAAGGGAGUUCUGGAGGUUCUUUGCAAUUAUGCGUCACCGUCAAAGAAGUUUCAUCCCUCAAGGCCCAUGAUCAGCUUUUGCACAGCAGUUGUUGUCGAGGCGUUGGGUUCUGUUAUAUCUGUGGACAAUGAUGUUGUCACUAGGAUUCUUCCAUUUGUUAAUUCUGGACUUCAGUCCGAUGCAAAAGGUGGUCCAGAUCACAAGGCCGGUGCUAUGAUGAUGGUUGGUUUACUAUCAAGUAAAGUUGCAUUGUCUCCCAAACUUGUCAAUACUUUGAUUCGGUCAAUUGCUGAAAUUGCUCGUGAUGAUGCAAAAGAAUCAAUUGAUCUUCAGUGGCUUCGGUUGUCACUUAUGACUAUGAUCAACCUCAUUCAGUUGCAAUCUGUUGAUGUGUUCCCACAGAAGGCUUUGGAGACUCUGAUGGAAUUCCGGGAUUUAGCCGGGAUUCUUUUGGAACUGUUCAAAGAGUUCAAUAUAGAUAAGUUCCUCUAUGUGCUUCUGGAUUCUCUGGUUGAUCACAGUUUUUCUGAUGAAUCAUGUCAGUCUUUCUUGAUUUCAAUAUUGGAGGUAGUUCCUAUAAAGGAUUUUGUACACCAGGUGGUCGCUAAGGCCCUAUCUUAUUGCUUGAGAAAUUCACAGAAAAUGAGCAAUUCAUCAUCAUCUCCAUCAGGUCACUGGCUGAAGCAAAUUUUAUCUGUUCUCAAUAAGCUUUAUCCAUCUGAACUACAAGGAGCUGUUAAAAAAUUCCUUAAAGAAAAAAAGGUCCAAUCUAAGAAGGGGGACUCAGUAUAUGAGAUUUUGUGCAAGAUAUUGGAUGGAAAUUCAGAUAUGUCACAAUUGACUCUCUCUCAUUCGAAACUUUGGUUUGCAUUGCAUCACCCAAAGGCUGAUGUGCGGUGUGCUGUGCUAUCUGGCUUAAACAUGACUAGUAUCCUGGAGACGAAGGCUACUGAUCCACAGGGUUUUUCUUCUGUUCAAGAUGCCAUAUUGCGUCAGAUUUAUGAUGAGGAUCUUACUGUUGUUGAGGCGGCUGUUUCUCUUGAUGGGUUGAUAGAUGUGCUAGAUUCUACUGAUGUUCUUGAAGCAUUGAAUAGCGUGAUUAAGCGAUGCAUUGGUAUUCUUUAUUCAGGUUCAUCAGAGAACACUAGUCUAGCAUGUGCUGUUGCUCUUUGUUGCCUGGAGAAAGCAGACUUGUUAUCCCGUGAUCAUACAGAUCAUCUGAAUAUGCUUGUUGCAAUGACGUGUCCUUUACUUUUAAUUCGUCCAAAGACACAGAGGUUAAAUUUGAAAGCUUUAGAAUUAGCCAAGAAUUUGAACUGGCCGUUUUUUGAGAAUCUUCCUAGUGUCCCCUGUUCAGAAAUGGUGCUGCAACGAGAAAGCAUAUCUUCAAUUAAUCUGAGCACUAUUACUUGUUUGGCAGAAGGAUUCUUGAAGCACCCUGAAAAAUAUGUUGCUUCAAUUACAGAGUUUUGUAAAGACUUUGAGUCAUCCAAGACACUUUUCUUUUUGGUUCUUAUGCAGUCAUUUUUAAUGCAAAAGGAUAAAUCUGGUCAAAUUUUAUCAGUCUUGGAAGCCGGCUACCCGAUACUGAAGACUGAAUGGAAAGCAUUUGAAAAUUUGGGUGAUGCCUCGUUUAAAGAGUUCAAGGUAGAAAUGCUAACUUGGGAUUGUGGAACAUUCGUUAAUCGGCUAUCUGAUUUUGAUGUUAAAGCAUUGAAUGCAAAUAUUCUAAUUUGUGCAUUUUGGAGAUUACUAGAGACAUCUAAACUAUCAGUGCCUGUAGAAGUCUCACGGGGGUUUAGCUGGCUCGAGGACCUAUUUGUCUUUUUCUCGAUCUCUCGGUUUAAUCACGUUUUCAAGGAACACCGUCUCUACCUUGUCACAAAGUGCAAGAAAUCUCCUUUCCAUUUUUUGGACAAGUUUUUCACGCAACAAGAUGUUCCUACUGCUGUUCAAGUCGAGAGUCUUCACUGUUUUGCACAUCUUUGUUUUGAGUCAGAAGUAAGAUUGCAGGUUCAACCUUUUGCGGAGUUCCCCUCAAUUCUUGUCCCUUUGGCUAGUUAUGACCAGGACGUAAGAACAGCAGCCAUGAACUGUAUUGAAGGGCUACGUGCAAUCUGGGCUCGUAUUGACUCUUCUAGCAAGAAAAAUGGAAACCAAGCAAUAUGGAGUCAUUUUCUUGAUGAACUUUUGGACUUGAUAGUUCAACAAAAAAGGCUAAUCUUGUCUGACAGAAAAUUUCUUUGUUCACUUCUGGCGUCUUUACUGAGUUCCUCCUGCCAUAGCUUGCUGGUGCCAAAGAAUGUUGAGCAAAGGUUUGAUCAACCAACGAGGGAAAAGAUUCUUGCUUUUAUAUUGGGUUCUGCUCUAAAGCUCUCUGAUUAUGCAAAGCUUAUGAUUCUAUCUUUGCUCAAAGGAGCAGGUAGUGCUAUUAUAUGUGUGAAAGAAAUCGAGUUACUCUUAUGUCAGCUUUUGAGAAGACGCAGUCAAUAUUACUGUGAACCCAGUACGCCCACCCAAAAGUUGUCAAACAUGGAGGUUGAGAUCUUAUGCUUUCUUCUAGAGAGCUGUGCUACGCCCCCUUCACCUGAUGGCCAAGUGUUCGAAGAUCAUUUAUUGAAGGCUUUGCAGUUGGAGGGCAUGCCUGUAGAAGACCCAGCUGUUGUACGGCCGUGUGUAACCGUCUUGCAGAAUCUUAAUGAUCAAAUCUACAGAGGGUUGAAGAAUGAAAUUCAGGAAGUUCUGUUUCGUGAACUGGUGGCUUUGUUUCGGAAUGCUCAUGGUGAUAUACAAAAUGCUGCCAGGGAGGCCUUGCUGCGCUUAAAUAUUACUUGCUUCACUGUUGUUCGUACACUUGAUCACAUUUUCAAGAGUGGAAGUUCUGUGAUUACUUCAGCAUAUGCUAAGAAAAAAAGGAAAUUAACUGAGAAUCAGAAGUCCAAUCUGCCUCAUGUUGGAAUUCAUUUAGGAGAAAAUGCAAUCUCUUUUCUUAGCUCCCUUCUUGAUGUUUUGCUGUUGAAGAAGGACAUAGUUAACAGAGAUUUGCUCGUGGGGCCUUUAUUUAAGCUUGUUGGCAAAACUUUUUCGGAUGAGUGGGUUCAGAGUAUCCUUGUUGUUGAUGAAAAGUUGCCCGAAGUUCCAUCUGAUGUUUCUCAGGUGAUUGCCACAACAGUGUGUGAUAUACAACAAAGACUGCUAUUAAUCCUGAAAGAUAUUGGCACUUCGCUCAUGAAUCAGCUGCCACUAAAGGAAGACAUAGUAAAUGAGAUAAACAUAAAGCUACUCGUUGAGUGUGCCCGUUCCCUGAAGGAUGGGGUUACUCGGAAUCAUGUAUUUUCACUGAUUUCUGCUAUUGCAAAGAUCACUCCUCAGAAAGUUUUGGAGCACAUAGAGGACAUUUUUACUGUUAUAGGGGAAUCAGCAGUCACACAGAUUGACCGCCAUUCAGAGCAUGUGUUUAAGGAUCUUAUAUCCACGGUUGUUCCAUGUUGGCUGCAAAGGACAAAAAAUAUGGACUCACUUCUCCAGAUUUUUAUGAAUGUGUUGCCUGAAAUUGCUGAGCAUAGAAGGCUGUCGAUAGUAGUAUACUUACUAAGGACGUUGGGAGAGUCUGAUAGCUUGGCUUCAUUGCUUGUUCUCCUUUUCCGGUCAUUAGUUUCAAGGAAGGAGUCAUAUUCCUUUGAUAAUAAGAAUGCUGCAGACAGCUUCAUAACUUCCAAAAAGAGGGAGUGGGAGUAUGCCUUUGCAGUGCAAAUAUGUGAGCAAUAUCCAUCCUUGAUAUGGCUUCCCUCUCUUGUUAUGCUUCUUCGACAAGUAGGAGUGGGUAAUAUGUGCCAAGAGCUGUUCGUGGAGUUGCUGUUUGCAUUCCAGUUCACUCAGCACAAAUUGCAAGAUCCUGAGUUCACGUUGAAGUUAGAAUCAGAAGAAGAUUUGGAAAAAAUUCAGAGUUUGCUUGAAGAUCUUAUGGAGCAGAUUGGCAUUUUAUUACAACUUGUGGACGCAAGAAGGAAGCAAAUGUCUAUCCCUGUUGUUUUGAGGGAAGAGUUGAGGGACUGCAUGCAUGCUGUCUUGAGGACUAUUACUUCAUUCAUGAUUCCAGCAGCAUACUUUGAGGGCAUAAUUCGAUUGCUACGCCAUGCAGAUAAAAAUUUGGGGAAAAAGGCUAUUGGACUGUUAUGUGAAAUGGUAAGGGAGCUAGACACAGUCAAAUCAAGGCAUAAGGAGAGAAGAAGUUUGAAUAGUCAAUGGAAGCAUAUGGACGAUACUGCUCUGAAGUCUUUCCAGAAAUUGUGUCUUGAAAUUGUUAAGAUAGUUGAUGAUUCUGCUGGUGUUUCAGAUUCUUUGAAACUGGCAGCCAUUUCAGCUCUAGAAGUUCUUGCCAACAGGUUUCCUUUUGAUUAUUCUAUCUUCAUUGAAUGUCUGGCAUCUGUUACAAAAUAUAUUAGUUCAGACAACUUAGCAGUCUCUUCUGGCUGUCUUCGUACAACUGGUGCUUUGGUCAAUGUUCUUGGGCCAAGGGCGCUGGCUAAGCUUCCUUGUAUAAUGGAUAAUGUGAUUAAGAUAUCCCGUGAAGUCUCUCUAUGUUCAGAUAUAAAAGCUGUAAAGAUCACUGAUGAUACACCUGUUGCCUCAUCAACUACAAAGGAAUCCAUUGUUUUGUCUGUUCUUGUUGUGCUUGAGGCUGUUGUUGACAAGCUCGGGGGAUUCCUAAAUCCAUAUCUUGGAGAUAUAAUAACAGUCAUGGUGCUUAAUGCCGAUUAUGCGCCGGGAUCUGAUCAAAAGGUCAAAUCGAAGGCUGAUACAGUACGAAGACUCAUAACAGAAAAAAUCCCUGUUCGACUUGCUUUGUCACCUUUGCUGAAAAUUUACUCAAACACUGUUUUGUCUGGGGACUCGAGUUUGACUGUGUAUUUUGGAAUGUUGGCAAACUUGAUUGGUAUAAUGGAUAGACCGUCUGUUGGUGGUUAUCACGCAAAGAUUUUUGACCUGUGCUUGCUUGCUCUCGAUUUACGCCGUCAAAGACCUGUUUCACUUCAUUAUAUUGAUGUUGUAGAAAAAAGUGUCAUCACUACAGUUAUUGCCCUGACAAUGAAACUCACAGAGACGAUGUUUAAGCCCCUUUUCAUAAGGAGCAUUGAAUGGGCAGAGUCAGAUGUUGAAGAUGGUUCACACACAGGAAGCACUAAUAUAGACAGGGCAAUAACGUUCUAUAGUUUGGUUGAUAAACUUGCUGAUAACCAUAGGUCUCUGUUUGUUCCAUACUUUAAGUACGUGCUUGAAGGCUGUGUCCGUCAUCUUACUACUUCUGGUGAUGCAAAGACAUCUGGUUUAACACGAAAGAAGAAAAAAGCCAAGAUUCUAGAAGGAUCAAAUACAUCAGAAGAAAAUCGUUUGUCACUUGGAAGCUGGCAGCUGAGAGCAUUGGUUUUAUCAUCUUUGCAUAAAUGUUUUCUCUAUGAUACUGGAAACCUGACGUUCCUCGAUUCUUCAAAUUUUGAGGUUCUUUUGAAACCCAUUGUUUCACAGCUUUCUAUAGAACCCCCAAUUUCUCUCGAGGAACAUCCGAACCUUCCAUCAGUAAAGGAAGUUGAUGAUUUGUUGGCCAUUUGCAUAGGACAAAUGGCAGUGACUGCAGGAUCUGACCUAUUAUGGAAACCCUUGAAUCAUGAGGUGCUGAUGCAAACCCGAAGUGAAAAGGUACGGGCUCGCAUUCUGGGCCUAAGAAUUGUCAAGUAUCUGCUUGAACAUUUGAGAGAAGAAUAUCUAGUUUUCCUGGCUGAAACCAUCCCCUUCCUCGGUGAACUGCUCGAGGACGUGGAGCCUUCAGUUAAAUCCCUUGCACAGGAGAUUCUCAAGGAAAUGGAAUCAAUGAGCGGUGAAAGUCUACGGCAGUACCUGUGAUGACAUACUAGGCCUUCCAAUUUUGAGUUUUGGUGGAUGGCCGUGUUGCCUUUCAAAUUUUUCUAGCUGAAAGGCAUGGAAUGACACGUGGUUUCUUGGGGUAUACCAGCAUGAUAGGGUCUUUCUAGUGUAACUGUAUUUUUGUUUCAAUUUCUUGCUUCCUGUUAUUUUCUAGCUCAUUUUCCCUCAUGGAAGGGCAAUGGAGGCGAUUUCCACAAAAAAAGAAACUGCGAAUUAAUGGCUGCUUGAUGUGAUACUAAGCAUAGACUGUUGAAACGCAGAAAGAAAAUGGUGUGCAUCAAAGUUGGCUUGGGUGGGUGAGCAUUGUAUUUAUUCCGGAGGUUGAGUUUUUGUAUUUUGGCCUUUGCGCCUAGGUAUUUAUUUAUUUAUUUUUUAAUUUACAUAUUAAUAUAAGAAUGAAGAGCCACCAACAAAAAA